AGCGCAAUACCCAGCGCAUACCGAGCCACCCGCGCUUGGUCUGAUAGUCUGAUAGUCUCCUUUAUAACUUGACCGGAUCACGGCUUAAAAGUGAAAUUUCAUGUUCCUUGCCUUCUCACCUAUCUUCUCUCCUACAUAUAUAUCACUUAUACAAACCCAUAGCCAUCGUCGUCGUCGUCGUCGUCAUCACCAUGGCUACGUUCGCCAGUCUUCCCGCUGAGUUGCGUCUAGAGAUCUGGGAUCUCGCCUUACACCAAGAAGCACGCGAUCGCUUACUUAUAAUUGGCCAGACCAAGAAUGCUCCCAUCACUAACGAGUCGCCGCUCUGUCUCUUACCCCUCAAGCACCACGCAAGCCCGCUGCUCUCGGUCAAUUCCGAGAGUCGCUAUCAAGCCAAGGCCUUCUACACAGCCAAGCUUGAUGUCUACGAGGUUCCUCGCCUCUCCAAAGAAGACAUCAAUCGCAACAGCAAAUCCUCAUACCAAGUGCAAUACAUCAACAAAGCCAUACAAACCGCCAGCGUGGUAAAGGGCUCUAUCUAUCUUAGUCCGCGAUAUGACUUCUUCGUCUCCAUUCGAGGCAUUGACACCUUCCCGUAUCUCGGGGAAGAAAAGAAAGAAGAGUUGCUCGACAAGCAGCAAGAGAACCAGGAAGCCCCCCGCCACUAUAUCACGGCCAAGAUACCGCCCGAGAUCGCCAUGAAAGUCCGCAACGUCGUCUGUAUACAGAAGAACCUAGACAGAGACGACGACUUUUACGAUUGGUGGUGGACAGACACGUACAUGGAGAACCUCCUAUACAACCGGGAGGAACUCGUGCGAUAUCUCUGCGUCCCGCCUUUCCGUCCCCGUUUAUACGGACCCGUCUACGUUAAAUACCUCUGGAGGGCAUCCGAUUUCAAGCAGAUCCAGAAUUACCUGCAUCUAUGGCUACCGCAAGAAGAACUAGAGAGUUUCGUUUCUAACGUGAUCAAAAACCGCGGUCGCGGCUCUUACAACUUCCGGGAAUGGUCACUGCAUCCGCAUAAUCGUAUACCUAAGUUGGUAUUGCUCGACUUAGAAGAGGAUGCGCAGAAGCAAGAUGAAGACUGCGCACCGGUUGAGGCACCGGUUGAGGCACCAGUUAAGGCGCAAGUCAAGACCUUAUGAUAGAGGAUUAAGAUCAAUUAGUGCGAGUUAUUUUUUUGGUUUGGUG